GGGGCGGGGGGGGGAACCGGGAGCGGGGCGGGGCCAACCGGGAGCGGGGGCGGGGGGGACCGGGACCCCGCGGUGGGGGCGGGAAGGAGGGACCAUGCGGUGGGGGGUUGGGAGGUCCCCCGGGGGCGGGAAUGGGAUCUCCCGGGAUCGGGAUGCGCGGCUGGGACCCCCCUCGCGUGGACGAUUGGGAUCCCCGGUGCGGGACUGGGACCCCCCCGGGGUCGGGCUGCUGGGCUGGGAUUCCCCCGUGGGGGCUGGAGAUCCCGGGGAGCGGGAACCCCCCCUGGUGUGGGGCUGGGACCCCCCAAGGAUAGGGGUGUGGGACUGGGACCCCCGUGGGGACUGGGGACCCUCCGGGGUGGCGGUGUGGGGUUGGGGGUGCCCCGGGUGUGGGGUGGGGGGCUCCCCCAGUUCGGCCCCUCCAGGCCGUGCCGUGUCCGCGCCGGCCGUGCUGUCCCCGGUGCCACAAAGCCCCGAUUGUCCCCGGGCAGCAGCCGGUGCCACCCGGGCAGCCCACCGGGGAUCGGGGACACGGGAGGGCCGUGGGUCACCCCCCCUCGCCGCCAGGCAGCCCCUGUGCCGCGGGCCGAGGCGAUGGCCGAGGAGCAAGAUGUCCGCUUUGUCACCGAGGAGAGCUUCGACUUCAGCUUCGUGUCCCCUUCCGACAGCCGGGAGGAAGAGGAUGAGGAUGAGGACGAGGACAAGGACAUCCCCGGGGGGGCCAGCGGGCGCUGGAGCCCCCUGAGCGGCGCCCGGCUGGAGGAGAUGGUGCGGGAGGCCACCCGGCUGGCGGCACAGCUGGAGCAGUGUCACCUGCCCCCCCGGGGGACGCCCCCCACGCCCCGCAGCCCCCGCCGCCAGACCUUCGUGGUCAAGGACAGCCCCGUGCGGGCGCUGCUGCCCACCGUGGAGUCCCCCCCCACCGCCACCCGCUCCCCCCCCGCCAAACCCCGGGGUCCCCCCGCUGUCACCAAUGUCCCCAGCACCCGGAAGGUCCCCUCUAGCUGUCACCCCACAGCGGUGCCGAAGGGACCCCCCGGGGCCAGGGUGCCCCCCCCUAGCAGGAUGGGCCCCCCCCGGCCUUGCCCUCCCCAGGGACAGGGGGCUGGGACACGGGGCAAGGCCGAGCCCCCCCGGGCUGGGACAGCAGGUACCGGCUUUGAGGGGGGGACAGGGACAAGGACGGGGACAACCAGGGGGUCAAAAGCCACCCCCAAGGCCCACCAUGGGGUGGGGGGGUCAGGGUACCCCCGCCUUGCCCCCACCCCACCUCUCUCCCCAGGCCAGACAAAGGCGAGGGGGGGCACAGCCCCUGCCCCCCCCGCCACCCGCCAGUCCCGCACCAGGGCCACCACUGUCCCUGUCCCCUCUGGCCACCCCCCCGCGCCCAGUGCCACCCCCAGGACAGCCGGCCGGACCCCAGCCGGGGGGGCAGCACCGGGCGGGAGGGCAUCUGCGCCCAGAGGUGCAGGGGCGGCGCGGGCGGCCCCCCCAGCCACUGGCUCGGGGUGCAAACAAGGGCCCCCCUCCAGUCGCCUGCGCCCCCCCCGGAAGACGGCAAUGAGCAGCACCCCCAGGUGACCCCUCACCCAGACCCCCCCAUCCUGGUGCAUGGGUGAGGAUGGGGGAACUGGGGAAACGGAGGCACGGGGUGGGGGGGGCAGAACUGGGCCCCCCCAGGGAGGAGGCAGAGGCGCAGGUUGGAUUUUACUUUAAUUAUAAAAGGUCACACCAGCAGUAGGAAACCCCCCCGCGCCCCCCCCCCCGACACCCAGGGGUCCCUCAGCCCCCCCAGCACCCACCCCUGGGUGCCCCCGCCUCAGCCUCACCCCUGGGGUGCACAAGGUACUUGGGGAGGGGCCCAGACAUUCCUGCACCCCCCAACUGACCCCCCCGCCCUGUGCCCCCCUCCUGGGGGGUUUGGCACUGUGGGGAGGGGCAGGGGGGGUUAUAUAUCCUUUUUUUUUGUAUUUUCAUGUAUUUUUUAAAUAAAACCCUCCACCGGGAA